AUGACAGCCAAUCCCUCCAACACCAUACCAGAUGCUGCUAGGAUCUUUGCAGCAGCCUCUCGGCCUAGGCACAUCGGAGCCUACAGUGACGCAGAGCCACCGCAACUCGACGAGACCUCAAAAGCUCUCCAGACGAUUGCAAAGGCCAUGGCAGCCAAAGACGAGGCAGCCGGACAAGAUCGUGGCAAAGUUGCGGCUACUGGAAAAGUGGAGGAGAGACUCGUUCUCCUGGUCAAUGUCUCGCUGGGGGCAGCAACUGUUGGGAAAGAACUUUUCCACGCCCUCCGAGCUACGUCCACUCAAGGGAGACCUCAGCUCAGAGCGAUGCAGUUCCCUGUAAAUAUCAGCAACCGGAUCGCUUAUGGGUUAGCAGCAAUGCGCUUCGGUGGCAAAGACAUCAAGUCAUUGCCUGAGUACUGCAUUUCGGCUGCAGACUUCCCGCUCACCGGAGAAGAGGAGUUCGACAACUGGGCCGGAUGUGCCGACCUCAAGCUUGAGAAGAGACCAAAGGUUCCGGUCACCCUGAACGCUUGGUAUCGAAAUGCCUUGGGCAAGCCUGGGCAAUUGCAUGUGUUUACGGCACCGAGCAUUACUCUUCCUUUGAACAAGCGGACCUUUUACUUGGAAGACCCCAGCGAGUACUUCCAGACUGAUGUACUGCCCCGGCACAACCGUAUGCUGUCUCGAGCCUGCUGGCAAGUCGCAUUGAAGAAAAGCCCCAACAACCCCCUCCAUGGAGGAAAGGCCGGCGAGGGAACCGAG